AUGCUCUCUGAUUCUGAAUUUAUUUCGGGAAUGGCACAAUUGGGAGUUUUCUUCCCAGUGCCAACCUGUGCCAAAUUACCGAAUUCUGGAAAUGCAAUUCCUUCAUGGCCAAACAAUUUGAUUUUGCCAAGAGGAAUGAAUUCCAAGUUGGUGUUGUGUUAUGAAGUGGAUGCGUUGUUGAACUGGCCGCAAGUUCAUGAAUUGGCAGGAAAUGUCUUGAUGAGAAUUAUCAACACACAUUACAAACUUACCAUUCCUUACCAGUUCACCAAGGUCAACACUUCCAAAUUAGGAUAUUUUGCCACAAUGAAAGGAAUUGUGGAUACUGGAGAUUGUGACGUUGCCAUUGCCUCCACAAACUUGGACGCAAAUCGCUUGCCACAAGUGCAUUUCAAUUGUCCUUACGGAACCUCGUCUCCAGGCUACUUGCGUUCUGCCUUAGAUCAAAACAAUGUUACCAUUUCCAAGCCAGAAGACAUCAACAACCCUAAUAUCACCAUUGUCACUUACGGUGGAAGUUUUUAUGCCACUUAUGCCAAAAACAAUUUUCCACUCGCCAAACUUAUUGGACUUCCAUCAGGUUACUCUGAAUGCUUUACUUAUAUUUUAGAAAAGAAGGCACAUAUCAUGUUAGGGGACGCCAUUGAUUUGAAGACAUGGGUCAAACAAAAUGCGAACCAGUGUCCAGGUUGUGAUUCAAAGGCUUUUGGAGAUCCAUUUAAUUAUGGAAGUUUUAUCACCAAUAAUAUUCUACAGUCGAGUGCUAUAAAAUUGAAUCAAGUUGGAAUGUUGACUUCUCUUUUGAUCGCAGUUAUCAUGAUGAUGCUUUUGACUUUUGGUGUUUUGCAUUAA